AUAUUUUACACAUUUUCCGGUUCACUUUUGUAGUUUGCAGAUCGUAGACAAACAAACUAGGUCUGGGAAUAUAAUUACCUGAAGACAAUUCAGCUGUUACUAACUCACCUUAAAGUUGUCAUCUCAAACCAGAUAAAAGACAAGUUUCAAAGAUAUAUGAACAACAGAGGAUAGAAACAUUAAAUAUCUCAUAAUGGAAAUACCUCAAAUUGUCCCGCUUGGACAGGGUGAGUUUAGGAUGUACAUCCGUGGACUUGAAGUGAUACGAGUUGAUCAAGAUAUUGAAAAGAGUUCUAUAAAUUUCUGCCUGGAUCCUUACUCUAAACUACAUAGUUCCACCAGUUCACCAGAAGUCACAGAUACUGAUGAUAAACCCUUCAGAUGUGAAGUUUGUAAUAAAAGCUUUAAUUAUAGAUAUAUUUUAGUGAGACACAUGAAAACUCAUGGAAGAAAAGCAGGUUACAUAUGUGGUAUAUGUAGUAAAACGUUUAUGUCUAGUGAAACAACACAGAAACACAUGAAAACACACGAAAAAAAAACCAGUUCACAUAUAUGUGGUAUUUGUAGUAAAGAGUUUAUGUAUAGUGGUACGUUACAGACACACAUGAAAACACACACCGAUAAACCUUAUAAAUGUGAUGUUUGUGAGAAAGGAUUUAGACUGACUUAUGCACUACAGAGACACAUGAGUACACAUACAGGAGAAUAUCCUCACAAAUGUCAGCAAUGUGGUAAAGGAUUUUUCGAGUUGUCUACACUGCAGAAGCACAUGAGCGUACACGAUAAGGUUUUUAAAUGUGAUAUUUGUAAAAAAGAAUUUGGACGGUAUAAAAACUUACAGUUGCACAUUAGAAGACAUACUGCUAAUUAUCCUUAUAAAUGUGAUGAAUGUGGUAAAGGAUUUAGAUCCCGCUUUAAUUUACAGGGGCACAUGAGUUUACAUACAGGUGAUUACCCUUAUAAAUGUGAAGUUUGUAAUAAAGGAUUUGGAUUCAGUAAUAACUUAAAGAGACAUAUGAUAACACAUACUAAUGAGAAACAAUACAUAUGUAAUAUGUGUAAUAAAGGAUUUAGUCGAAGCCAUGACCUAAAGAAACACAUGGUAACACAUACUGAAGAAAAAUCUUAUAUGUGUAAUGUAUGUGGUAAAGGAUUUCGUAGUUCAUCCAACAUGCAUUGUCACAGGAGACGACACAACACGGAUAAAUACUAUAAAUGUGAAGUUUGUCACAAAGGAUUUAGUUAUCGUUUUAUUUUAAAGCAACAUAUGAAUGUACAUACAGGUAAUUAUCCUCUUAGAUGUGAAAUUUGUAAAAGAGGAUUUAAUUAUCCAUUUUCUUUUAAGAGACAUAUGAGAACACAUACUCGCAGUUACUUGUAUCAUCAUGAAUGUGAUGAAUGCGGUAAAGGAUUUUAUAACUUGUCUACACUGCAGAAACACAUGAGGUCACAUAAAAGUGGUAAAUCUUUUAAAUGUGAUGUUUGUUUUAAAGAAUUUACAAGGAGCAAUUUCUUAAAGAAACAUUUGAGAUCACAUGCUGGUGACAAACAAUAUAAAUGUCAUGUUUGUGAUAAAGGAUUUAAUUACGGCUACUCUUUAAAGAGACAUAUGAGUACACAUACUGGUGAUCACACAUGUAAUCAUAAAUUUGAUGAAUGCAGUAAGGGAUUUGAUGAUAUAAAAUCUCUGCAGAAACACACAAGUAAAAACAAAAGUUAUACUUUUAAAUGUGGUGUUUGUAGUAAAGAAUUUAGACAGAGUAAUUUCUUAAAGAAACAUAUGAGAACACAUUCUGUCGAUGUUCCUCAUAAAUGUAAUGUUUGUAAUAAAGGAUUUGGUUUCCGCUCUACUUUACAGAUACAUAUGAGAUCACAUACUGGCGAUAAACCUUAUAAAUGCGAUAUCUGUGAUAAGGGAUUUGGACUCUGUAGAAACUUGAAGAUACAUAUGAUCACACAUACUAAUGAGAAACCUUUCAUGUGUAAUUUGUGUAAUAAGAGUUUUAGUCGAAGGCAUGACUUAAAGAACCAUAUUAUAACACAUACUGGAGAAAAAUUGUUUAUGUGUGAUGUAUGUGGUAAAAAAUUUAGCAGUUCAUCUAACAUGCAUGUUCACAUGAGAAAACAUGAAACAGAUAAAUCUUAAACAUUUGAUGCCUUUAAAAAAGUUAUAAUUCUACUUUACAGAGAUAUAUACAUGUAAGAGUGAAGUUUUAGUUAUCAAUCUGAUUUACAGAUCUAGAGACGAUAUGAUUUCACAUACUGGUGAUAAAACCUUAUAAUUUGUUUAAUAAAGAAUAUAAACACAA